GAUAGCUGCAAACGAUGACAAUGAGAACUGCCCCAUCUGUCGCCAUAUAGCCCCCUCACAAAGCCGGCCUUCUGCAACCCUAUUCCGCUAUUCCUCCUCCCUCCUUCCUGUAGUCUUUCCUUCUUUUGGUUGGCACACUUUUUGGCCUCUUUUUCAUGUACGGAGGGAUCAAGGGAUAGCGAUUAAUUCCGGUCUCGUGGGAACAACGAUCAUGGACGGCCGGUGCAGCACCGAGCCACGUAAUUCCGAGCCCGAGGAGGUUGGAAUAGCGCCCGAGAAUAACUCCCCGAGCCCGCCCGGCGACACGAAAGCGGUCCAACCCCUCCCUUCCUCCCAAAAGAGAAGCAGCCGGCGGUCGGUCCAGAAGCGAGUGGUGUCUGUGCCCAUCUCCGGCGACGGAGGAUCGCGGCCCAAAGGCGGCGCCGGCGGCGAGGGAGCUCCGCCGACGGACUCCUGGGCUUGGAGGAAGUACGGCCAGAAGCCGAUCAAGGGCUCCCCUUACCCGAGAGGGUACUACAGGUGUAGCAGCUCCAAGGGUUGCCCGGCGAGGAAGCAGGUGGAAAGGAGCCGGGUGGACCCCACCAUGCUCGUCGUCACCUACUCCUUCGACCACAACCACCCCUGGCCCCUCCCCAAGAACCACCACCAACACCCCAAGCCUCCUCCGCCGGCAGCAGCGCCGCCUGUCGAUGACCCCUCGCCGAUCCACUCGAGCCCGCCGGAAUCGGCCGAUCUGGACCAAAACUUCUCCGAUCUUAUCGGAGGAGAGCCGUCCCUCAUGAUCCACGACGAAUUCAGGUGGUUCUCCGACGUAGGAUCCCCAUCCUCCGCCUCGCCCCCGGCGGCCGCGGAGAAUCUGCUUUACGGCUCGAUCUUCGCCGGCGGGGCGUUGGGGCUCCCGGAUGAUUGCGGCGGCGAAGAGAUAGGGGAUGGAGAGGAGGACGGGAUGUUCGCCGGGCUCGGGGAGCUGCCGGAGUGCGCGGUGGUGUUCCGGCGAGAGGAAGCGCGGCUGGCGCCGGCCUCGUGGUGCGGGAGUACCGGAUGAGGCGGCGGCGAUAAGGUGGGGGGAGAUUUGAUGACGGCGUGGCGUGCGCCGUACGAUUGUGGUCUUUUUUUUUUUCCUCGAUAUUUUCACGUAAUAUAGUUUCUUUUCUCUGAUUUCAAUUUUUCUUUUUCUUUUUUUGGGAAUGGGAGCUUUAAUCUAACAGGUUUAGUCGUUUAUUUAAUUUCUGUUUACAUGCAUGGGGGAUGCAUCGGCCGCCGGGCCAUCGGCUUCUCUUGCGCGUGCUGCCAUGGAUGGGCCGAUAGCUUUCAAUAAGCUUGACUAUUUCUGUCACGUGUCUCGACUUUUUCCGCGCAUAAGCCAAAAGCAUUUUCCCACACGUACGCUAUCGCCCGCUUGAAUUCUUAGCUCGCUUCGGGAGGUAAUGAGCGUUAUUUCAAUCAGAAAAAUGCUGUGUUCUAA